AUGGAAACAAUUUCCAGGAUAUCCUCGAUGCUGGAAACAGCUCGAGAGCUCACGCUAGAGGCCGCCCAGUCCGCUGCCAUCAAUCGAACCUCAAGCACCGAUUAUUCUUCAAAGACAUACAGUCCUGCACAUAUCAAAAAGCUCCUUGAUAGCCGCCAUGAGCGGGAGGUCCUGGAUGGAAUGCGGAGGGUCAUCUCGUUGAUGUACCGGUCCGAGCCAUCCCUCACCUUCUUCUCGGCAGUCGUCAAGAAUGUAGCUAGCGCCAGCCUCGAAAUCAAGAAAUUGGUUUACAUCUACUUGGUCCAUCAUGCGGAGGCCGAACCGGACUUGGCGCUGCUAUCGAUCAAUGCAAUCCAGAAAUCGCUGACAGACUCGAACCCCCAGGUACGAACAAUGGCGCUCCGGACCAUGUCGGGGAUUCGGGUUCCGGUCAUCAGUCAGAUUGUGUCGUUGGCUAUCAAGAGAGGAUGUGGGGAUAUGAGCCCGCAUGUACGCAAGGCUGCCGCUCUGGCUAUUCCGAAGUGCUAUCGUCUGGAUCCAAAUACGCUACCGCAGCUUACGGGAUAUCUUUCGACUCUUUUGGGCGAUUCCCAAUACUUUGUCGUUGGCCCUGCAGUUGCGGCGUUCUUAGAUCUGUGCCCGGAUGAGAUUGGCUUGAUCCACAAGCCGUACCGCAGCCUUGUCAAGAAAAUGGCUGAUAUGGAUGAAUGGAGCCAGCUGUCUACUCUCCGCCUGUUGACAUUUUAUGCGCGUAAAUGCUUCCCUCGCCGAACUCGAAUGGUUAAACAAGCAGACCCUGAGGCAUUUUAUGAUGAUGAGAAGCAGGAACAGGAAAACCAGGACAAUGGCAAGGAACAUGAGGUGCCAGUUCUAGAUCCUGAUCUUGAACUGUUGCUCCGUGCCUGCAAGCCUCUGUUGCAGAGCCGAAACUCCGCCGUCAUUGUCAGCGUUGUCCGUUGCUACCUUUAUCUUGCCCCAUCUGAAUAUAUCGCCUCGGCUGUUGGACCCCUUGUGGCGCUUUUGCGGACUCCCCAGGAUAUGCAGCACAUUGCUUUAUACAACAUUGUUGCAGUGGCCCUGAGAAUGCCCAAACCUUUUGCCAAAUAUGCAGCCCACUUCCUCGUUCACGCCAAUGACCCACCACAUAUUUGGCGCCUCAAACUAGAGGUGCUAACUAUUUUGUUCCCGCAUUGUGGAAAGCACUGGAAGGGUGUUAUAAUCAGCGAAUUGGAGCACUUCUCUAAAAGUGCAGACCCUGAGCUGGUGCGUGAGAGUGUUCGUGCUAUUGGUCGUUGUGCUCAAGGAGAUACAUCCACCGCAGAGAAAUGUUUGCGGAUUCUGCUUGGCCAGAUCUCCAGCUUGGACGGAAAUCUUGUGUCAGAGUCAUUGACUGUCAUUCGUCACUUGAUUCAACAAGAUCCAGCCUCGCAUAAGAAGACGGUUCUACAACUCGUCAAGAACCUUGGCACAACGUCCCAUCCGGAUGCUCGAGCCACCAUUAUUUGGCUGAUUGGCGAAUUCGCUGGUGUGGAACCCGAAAAUAAUAUUGCACCCGAUGUGCUACGCAUCCUGAUCAAGGGGUUCGCAGAUGAGAUGGAAAUAGUUAAACAACAGAUCGUGCUGCUCGGUGCUAAGGUGUACCUUCAUCAUCUCUUGCGGAACCCACCAGAGGAGAACUCAGAAGCGCCGGCAUCAACAGAAUUGGCAGAAAAGUCCACUAGCCAGAAGGAGUUUCACAACGAAUGGACUGACAAUAAAACCGAAGGGCAAGACAAUGCCGAUCAGCCCAAAGAGAGCAAAGAGGAAACUGAAGAACCCGAAGCAAAGCAAGCAGAAGAAGAAGCAGAAGACCGAAUCACCUUACUAUGGCGAUAUAUCCUUCUUCUCGCCCGCUACGACACAUCUUACGACCUCCGUGAUCGCGCUCGUCUCUACAAAAACCUCCUAGAAACGCCUUCCUCAACCCAGCUCGCCAACCUCCUCCUGCUGGCCCCAAAACCAGUUCCUCACGCCCCCAGCCCAUCAGAGACACGUAAAGACCUUCUUAUCGGCUCUGCCACGCUAGUCGUAGGCUCCGAAGCAGGAUACCACGGUUUGCGAGGUUACAACAAUCUACCAGACUGGGUUGUAGCAGGACAAGAGCCAGACCCCAGUCUUCGCGUUGAUGACAUGAAACCCGACGCCUCCAGCAACCAGACGUCCACCGCGGGUGAUCGUCUUGAUAAAGCGCUUCGCGAGCAUCAGUCCACCGCUGUAUCGAGUCGGGUCCGUAAUGCGGCCAUGGGCGUUGACCCGACUGGGAAGAAGACGCUUGAUCAGUGGCUGCAGGAGGAGGAAGAGGAGACAGAGACAGAGUCUGAAACGGAGUCUGAGGAAGAAAGUGGCGAGGAGGAAACUGACUCGGAGGAUGAGUCUAGUUCAGAAGGGGACUCUGAGGAGGAAUCUGAAGAAGAAACAGAUUCUGAAAGUGAAGCUGUGCAUAAAGAGGCUCAGCAGUUGCUUGGUUAG